AUAUUCAAUUUGCUUUAAUAUCUAAUUAUUUGCUUAUAGCGCUUAUAGAAGUUUUACAACAAUAUCAUCCAUAUGCAUUAGAAAAGCUAUUGAGAGAUGUUUUGCCUAAAAUAUUAUGUGAUAUCGUUAUUUCAGAUUUAGAAGAGUAG